AAAGGAAGUCCACAGAGUCUCUGAGUUCUUGUUCGGAAAAAAAUCAGGGGGUCUCAAUCGAAACGGGCGAUCGGCGGUAGCGGAAGCUUUUGUGGGCGGAGCUCCGGAUCGCUGUUUCAUACCCGUUUCCCUCUGCUGCGGAUAUUUCUGUCCGAUCUCUCUGAUUUUCGGAUCCUGGGUUGCGAGUUCUGAGUUGUGAUCUGUGAGCGAUUGGGAUUCGUCAUGGCGUCGAAACGCAUCUUGAAAGAGCUCAAGGAUUUGCAGAAGGAUCCUCCAACUUCUUGCAGCGCAGGUCCUGUGGCUGAGGACAUGUUUCAUUGGCAAGCAACGAUUAUGGGACCUCCUGAUAGCCCAUACGCAGGAGGUGUAUUCCUGGUCACCAUUCAUUUCCCUCCAGAUUAUCCUUUCAAGCCCCCCAAGGUUGCAUUUAGGACUAAGGUCUUCCACCCGAAUAUCAAUAGCAAUGGAAGCAUUUGCCUUGAUAUCCUGAAAGAGCAAUGGAGCCCAGCACUUACUAUCUCUAAGGUAUUGCUCUCAAUCUGCUCAUUGUUGACUGACCCAAAUCCCGAUGACCCUCUCGUGCCGGAGAUCGCACACAUGUACAAAACUGAUCGAGCCAAGUACGAAUCCACCGCACGUAGCUGGACUCAGAAGUAUUCAAUGGGUUGAAGAUGUUUUUUCCAGAUUUAGAGUUUAGUUUUGGGAGGGACAGGUAUGGGGCCUUUCAAUUUAGGAAGAACAGACCGUUGUUCUUCCUCUGUUGUUCCUUCCAGAUUUCUAGACAGAAACUUAGUUUUCAAGUUUUAAUUCCAUCGACUAAGGAAUCGGUGUUGAUUUUUCAUCUCCAUUUCUUGUUGUAUCUUAAAAGACUGAGAAAUACAGAAAUCCAACGAACUGCUAUGUUUGCUGUUUUAUUCAUCCAAUAAAUUGAUCUGUUAUUGCAA